UUUCAUUUCAUUUUUUUUUUUCGUCUUAGAUGAACAGGUCGCGGCUGACGAGUAUGAAUAUUGUUGUUUGUGACUAGCAGCCUGGCCUCGUCCCGAUUUAUUUCCUGCUACUACCACUAGCACUACCUACUUUUAAUAAAUAUUUGUACACGACGUUCUUUCUACAUACAUGUCGACAAGAGCUGCAUCACAGAUGACCACCUCCUUCUUCGUCGGCGGAAGUCGUGCGACCUUUUUGGCCAGGAAGUAGACGUUCUGAUUUUCAACAAGCGGAGGUACAACUACAAGCUGCAAAACAUCUUCUUCACCUCCCUCGACUUCAAUCAGCUUGAGUAUCAAACGGCGUGCUUCUUUCUUUUCAUACACGUCAAACCAGGACUGCUGGCUGCGGUGAGGUUCCUCCAUCAGCACUAGUUAGUAGAAGUAAUAGACGCUGCACAAGCAGUAGACCUCCACCGAUAUCACACUUUGUCGAAAACCAAGCCCGAAGACGACCGUGGACAAUCAAGAAGAGGCUUCUGAGAAUAUCAUCCGGCCGAGGAAAACAUCCAAUAACUUUCUUCGAAGUUUUGUGUUGUAUUGAAUUCUACGAUUCGGGCGGCAGCGACGAGUAAAGAAACAUCGUCUGGAGAACUACUGUGUCAACAGCAAAUCUUUUCAACCAACUGCACAAAAAUUCUGAUCAUGCCUGCACCAACGAAAGUGUCAUCUCUUGUUCCUCCGGGACAGCAGCUCCUGCGCGAGGAAGGAGUUCCUUUUUCAUCAGAAGUCGGUGCGGAGAUGUUGUUGACCAACUGCGACGAGGCAAACAAAGAAGAGUCCUAUGAGAAGUGCUGUCCGGUUCAAGUACUAGAAAAUAAUUCGGCUGAUGCACUUGCACAACAAGUAUCAGAAGGAAGUGAUCCUCGCGGCGACGAAGAUGAGGGCAUGAACUUGCGGCAGAGCGAUGUGAUUCACCCAAGAGCGGGCGUUGUACCAGGACAGAAGAUCGAGCAGCAGAUCUUGUUUCGGGCGAGCAGUUGUACCGCGGCUACACCUCCGAUGGAGCAGACGACGCCGAAUUUUGAGCGUCCUCGCACUACGGACGAUAUCGUCACGGAUCCGAACAACGUCGCGGCAGGUAGUGGUAGAAGAACCUCGGGGCGGCGGUCGCCCUCGUGGUCUAGUCGUACCCCGACGGCAGCGAUGAAUAUUGCGCCAGAUUUGUUGGUUGAUGCCAGGUUUGUUGGUACUAGCUUAUCGACUCCAAGAGCUCCACCGAGUUGUGCAGGGAAAAAGGUGGUGGAGCUGCUGAACCAGGAAAUGAAGAAGAAGAAGGACACGAAGGGGGACGACGACCACGUCCAUGAUAAAAAUCCCAGAGUACUAGCUGUCGAACAAUCUUCCACGGUCGCGGCCGACCAGGCAGCAGGAGGUGGUGGCGCGGCGGCCAUGCGGC